AUGUGGGCCGCUGGAGUCGUUCUCUUCAUGCUCAUUUCCGGAGUCCCGCCCUUCGACGGAAACACCGAAGCUGAAGUCGCCUCAAAGAUUUUGACAAGCCCUGUGCAGUUUCUCCAGCCUUGCUGGCAGCACGUGUCCGAGGAGUGCAAGGACUUGAUUCGGCGGCUUCUGUACAACCCGUUUCUGUCGAAUGCGUCGCCGUUCUACUCUGCGUCUCUGCCGGCGUCGUACGAAGAUCUGGCGUCGCUCUCAGGGGCAGCGGCGCGACCGCUGUCCGUCGAUUUCCUCUCCGUGACAAGAGCAACUGCAGUCCCAGGGUCGUUCAUGUGCGCGGCGUCGCCCUUUGCGCCGUGGUCGUCGCCGGCGUCUUCCGCCUCGUCGCUUCCUCCGUCGUCUUCGCUACCCUCGUCGCCACUCCCUUCACCGCUGCCUUCUGCGCCGCGUUCGUCCUCUCCGUCCGCCGCUUCUUCUUCGUCACCCGGGCCCCCGAGUGGAUGUCCAUUGAGCAGGGACGGUGCAUCUGGAGAGGCGACGAUGCAGGACUCUUUCGAGGGGAUUGCUGGGCAGCCCGCGGAGGCCGUGUCGUGUUUCCCUGCACCGACCGCGACUCCGGCUGAGGGCAGCCUGCAAACGGGCGCCAGUGCCCGGCCCUCGGAUGUCGAUGCCUCGCUCGGUGUCGAGUCCGGCGUUCAACCUGGGUGCACAGGAGGCUCGGCUUCGCUUUGGACAGCCGAGCAGCGACGGCGGCUUCGCGCCCGCGUGGGGGGGGGGGAGCCGUGCACGGGCGGGAUGGGCUCCACAGUCCGCGCGGCGGACGCCCUGGCGCCCUCCGCCUCGCUGGUGCCGUCGGUCGCCUCGGGCGGGGGCGCCGGCUCGUCUUCGCCGCCUCCGUCGCCGGCUUCGUGGAUCAGCCCGGUCUCCGGCGCGUUUCGGCCCGCGGUCGCCGUCCAGCCGCCUGCAGCGGCGGCUUGGCUAGACGGAGCGCUCCAGAAAUCCUCGAGGCGGGGUGCUUUGGGCAGCCUCGUCGAGGGCGGCGAGAAGCGAGAAACGGAGAUCUUCGUCGGGCGCUCGUCCGCACAGGCUGCGAGUGCUUCGGGCGCGGCCCCCGGCUUGGGCGCCGACGGGGCGCGGCGCCAGGCCGAAGCGGCAAAAGAGUGCGUGCUCGAGCGGGACGACGAGGCGAGAACUGCCCAGAACCGGCCCGCGCUUGAUCGGAUGCGAGAGAGAGGACCGCAAGAGGGAGAACGCGAAGGCGCUCAGGGUCAAUCUGCUGAAACGCCUUGUGCAGGCGUACAAACAACGGUAUUCGUGGCAACAACCGUGACUCCCUCGUCGCCUCCCGGUCCCCCGGCUGCCGCUGUCAGUGAGCAAGCAGGCUGUCCGGCCAGCUCUCUCUCGCCGAAUGCAUGCUGGGACGCCGCAUCUUCAGCGGAGCUGACUGAACGCCAGUAUGGCACGCGACUCUCGUCAGCCAAGUCGCCCUCCCGCGCGUCCUCGGGCGCUGCGACACAGCCGCCAGGGGUCUUCUGUCCGCUGCCUCAGCUGCAUCCGCCGUCUCAAUCGCCGAGCCCGUGCGUUGCUGGCGUGUCUGCCGGCGCCCCCAGCGCGUUCGUCCCGCCGGCGGCCCCGUUGUCGUCUCCGCCAGGCGAGCUGCCGCCGCCGCAGUUGACGCCGUGUCUGAGUCGGGUGCCCGCGUCGCUGUGCCCAGUGAAGCCGGAAGAGGCGGGCGUGUUUCGCUGCCGCUUCCUGCUGCUGCUCAGCGCCACCGCGUGGCGCUGCUUCGCCGCGCUCGGCCCACUUCAGCGCGCCCUCCGCACCGUUCUCGCUCGCGAGAUGGAAGACGAGCUCGAAGUCCGGAUUCUGCGGGAGGUCUUCUGCGCCCUAGACAGGCGCCACAGAGGCACGCUUGCACCGGACGACUUCGUGUGGGGUCUGAACGUGGCGCGCGAGAUGGUCACGACGGAGUGCAGCUGCUGGGUAAUGGUGCAGGCGAAGCAGGAGGCUUUGGUCCCCUCGGGAUGCGUUGGCCUUCACGCGUCGGAUUCAACUGCUUCGCUUGCGUUCAGCAGCGUGUCGGGCAAACGCGAGGCGCUUUCGUGCUGCAGUUCACAGGCGAGUCUCCCGGUCGACGGCGACCCCACAGGGGGCGAGCGCGAGCCCCCGGAGCAGAGGUCGAGGGAGACGAGUGCGACCGAGGCAGCCGACGCCCUCGCGCGGUUCGUCGCGGAUCGUCCAGAGCGCAUCUCGGUUCUCGCCGCGGCGCCGCUCGCCAGUGCGGCCUUGCCGCCCAGUCUCCACUCGCUGCUGAGGCUGGCGAGCGCCGGAGACGCGGACGGCGACGGGCCUGCAGUCGACCAGAUUUUGCCGUACCUGAUGAACCUGCAUGCGCUACUUGGCGUCGCGCCGCCCGACGUCCUCUGCGAGUAUUUUGCCUUGCCCCGCGCCCCCCCGUGGACUCGCGCGGCGCUCUGCACACACGCCCGAGCGACCGAAGGGACUGCGGGCGACGCAGUGCCUCAAAACAGAGACCAAGACGACCUGUGGACGAUCGACGACGUUAUCGCCGGGCUAGACACCGACGGGAGCGGGAGCAUCGAGUUCGUCGAGUUCCUGGCCGCCACGCUCGCCGAUGUGGAUCUUGCAGAGCGAGAAGCCCUCAGCCGGGCGGCAUUUCGGUACUUCGACCGUAGCUUUGACGGCCUGGUGAGCUACCGCGAUCUUCUGGGGCUUCUGACUCUCCAGCCUGCGUCGCUGGCUUCCCCUCAUUCGCCUCCGCCGUCCUCGUGGUGUGUGCCGCCGGCGCGUGCGUCGUACGCGUCCACGCCGCCGGCUGCAAGCGGCGCUUCAUUUGCAUACUCGCCGUAUCCGAUGAGCGCGUCGCCUGCGGGCGAUUGCGCAAGGGGAACAGGCGUUGGAGGGUUCGAGGACGGCGUUUGCGAUCCCGGCGCGGAGCUUGAGCUCGGAGAAGGGGAGGGAUUUCUAAUGGACCUUGAGCGCGUCACAGCAGCGAAUCUGCCGCUCUACAGAGCUGUUUUGAAACAGAUUCAAGCUGUUGACGAGGACAAGGAUGGCUUCAUUAACUACGACGAGUUUCUGCGUCUGCUGGGAUAG